AUGCGCCACGUCCCUUUUGCGACCCUAUUUAUCGUCAUUAUCAAUGUGCAAAUCACUUUCACACAAUUGAACAUCAGGAAAAUCCAAACCAACGACAACACUCGCCGACAACAACAACGAAACCAGAGGAAAUCGGAAAGCUUCGAUCACUACUCCCAUCUGACAGACACUGGAGAAGUCAAUGAUCAACUUAAAUACUACACUCACAGUUUCGAGCAAAAAGUUCGAGAAGCGGUUCGAGACGAGGAGUACAUGCUCAAAAAUUUGUGGUACGAUCCGGAUUACGUGAUUCAUGAUCUAUGUGAACCACACAAGUCGGGUGGACAGACGGGUGAAUUGAUUUGGUCCGAAUCAGGUGACCGUCUGCUAAAAGUUAUUGGAAACGGAGUUGUUGAAGACGGGUAUAAUAUGUUUAUGGCACCGGGACAGUCGCAGGGAAAACGGACAGAUGUACACGUAGCAGUUUAUAUUGAGUCUAUGUCAUCAUUUAAAGCACAGUCUAUGGAUUUUGAAGUUGAUAUGUAUUUGGCAAUGGGAUGGUUUGAUAGGCGUUUGGCUCACAAUUGUACACAUCCAAUCUUGGUGACCAGUAAACUCAUAGCCGAAAGAAUGUGGUAUCCUGACUUAUAUUUUGUCAACUCGAAAUACGCAUAUCUUCAAGAAGUGACCACUCCCAACCUAAUGGUCAUUGUCUAUCCAGACGGACUCAUCUUCAAAACAAUGCGCCUAGAUGUAACACUUUCGUGUAUGAUGGACUUGAAGCUAUUCCCACUGGACUAUCAGGAAUGCCCAUUGACCAUUCAGAGUUUUGCUUAUAUCGAACAAAUUGUGAAUUUGACAUGGCGAGAUGAUCCUCCGAAUUUUCCCAUUGGAUUCAACCCCGACAUCAAAUUGAAUGAUAUGCAAAUUACCAACAAACGAUUUAUUAAAUGUGCGGGACCGUAUCCAAUGUUUAGAGGAGAGGGCUUUUGGAGCUGUAUCCAAGGAUAUAUAGUUAUGAAACGUCUAGUCCUAUUCCACAUCAUUCAAACCUACAUUCCAACAGGGAUGCUCGUGUCAAUUUCAUGGAUGUCAUUCUGGCUGGACCCUCGUGCCAGUCCCGCCCGUAUCUCCCUUACAAUCACCUCAUUACUCACUUUGACAACGAUGAGCAAUGGAGCAAGACAAGACCUUCCGCAGGUUUCCUACAUCAAAGCACUGGAUAUUUGGUUGACAUUCUCGCAAGCUCUCAUAUUUUUGGUGCUUUUGGAGUACUCAUUUGUCUCGUAUUACAUGACGAAACGAACUACAAACUGUUCACAUAGGAACCUGUUUUAUGAGGAAAGGGUACAAGAAUGUAAAAGGGAGGAGAAGGCUCGGAAGUCACUUGUGAACAAUAAUAAGACUGCAAACUCCAAUAACACCGAAGGAUCUGAUUUAAACCGAAAUAAGAAAUCGCAGCAGUUUUCAUUGACUCAUGGAAUUUCAUCUUGUCUCAGCGAGUCAUCGGCACUGAUGGCUCCGGUUCCUGCUCGCUUGUUUCCAAAGUUUGACGCCAAGAAGCCAUGCGGUGCGUGUUCGGAGAAGAACGAACGGAUAUUUCGUUUUUAUUUUUUUUCGGAUUUUACAAGCCUAUUUACAAGCCUAAAUACAAUCGUUUUUGUCUUCUCUAGUGUGCUGUGUCGAUUGUUGACAAUCGACAAAAAUCGACGAAAAUCGUUAAAAUCGGUGUCGAUUUCGUCGACUCGAUCAAAAAUCGACAUUCAAAAAGUCGACAGAAAAUCGACUUUUCAAAAAUGA